AUGGUCAUAUUGCACGCUUUUGAACUCUCUUUCCGAACAUAUUUCAGGUCAUUUAGUGGGGCUUUGAACACAAAACCUUCUUUCAUCACUGCUGCACCGAGGUCCGUUUAUCAUAAUAUGAAUUUUAGAAAUUCUGUCUGUUCUUCUACCCUUCUCUUCUUCUAUUCAUGUAUUUGUCUUACUAUCUCUCUUCUCUCUUAUUUAUAAAGCAGUAACUGGUGUGUCGAUUUUUCGGUAUGUCGGUAUGUUCGUAUGUGGGUUUGCCGGUCUGUCCGUCCGCUAAACUUUAUGAUUACGAUAAAAGUAGUAAAAUCGAAAACCCAGUUCUAUCCUACAUUCCCUAAACAGCAACAUGUUGGGUAGGUGAAUGGAAUAGAGGAGUUAGUACUAUGGAGUGAAGCGAGUAAUGUGGAGUGGAGACUUCAAAGCGGUGAUUUCUACCUGUAUUGGCAUCGUGCUAUGUAUUUUUUCCUUUUUUUCAACUUCGAACGCCAUAGCGCAGAUAAGGAUGUGAGCCUAUAAUUGAGUUCAGGAACGUUUGUUAUCCGAGAAAAUACUGUUGAGCCUCAGAAGUGAAGAAGCACGGGGCGAGUGAGGUGCUCACCCCCACUCCGGCGCCAACUAUAAUACAUUUUCUAUUUACUUUGUAAAAGUAGGGAAUGAGGCAAGCGUAAGUCGGGCGACCCGACUGGUAUACAUACAUAUAAAUAUUUCGCAGUUGUCUCUGUUGGUGUGUCCGUGUGUCGGUGUGCGUGUGUUUGACCAGAAACCCAUAAGUCCUGCUUCAGUGAACCCAGAGAGUUCAAAUUCGGUAAGAGUACAUGCGACAGGAUAAGGAUACUCAUGGCAGAUAGAAGGAUCAGACCGCUCACAGAGGCGUGUGCGACAGAAAUUUCAGACUGGAAAUUCACAACUCCUGUUCCAAUGGACCUGGAGCAUUUAAAUUUGGCAGGAUAG